UCGAUUGCGGCUCAGCAGCCGAAAGCCAAAGCGGCGAGUCAAAAAUUGCUUGUUGUCGCAGCAGUUACGCCACAGAAUUAACAUUUUCGGUCUGCCUUAUUUCCCCUAACUACAAAGAAAGUAUGCGGUUGUGCAUUGCUGCAAACAUUGCAGCAAACUAUGGCGUCAUUUUGAAAAAUUAUAUUUCAGGCUACUGACCAGAACAGGAACCAAGACCGGGUCUGGCGGAAUGGAAUGGAAAUUUUAUUGGGACAUCCACCGGUUCCUUGGAUCGCUGCCAGCAAAUGAUUCUACCCUCAUGCAAGAAAGUGGAUGUAGUGCCAUUGAUGGCACCUCUCCAGAGGAGCUGUUCAAUGGCAUGGUGCAUGGUGGAGUGGGCCAGCCCCCAGAAACACCUACCGACUCGCUUUCUGAGCGAAGCUCAGAAUGUCACGAGGUGGAAGCCUCACCACUGGAUUCUGGCACUGAAGAAGAACCUGCGGGCCCUACAGCAACAGCUGCCAAGAAAAAAAGGCUGGCUCCUCCAACAAGACUGCUUUCAGAAUUGUUGGAGGAGCAGCGUCAACUGCGCUGCUCACUAGAGCGCCACAGAACAGACACUGUAGCAAUACAGAGGGAGCGGCUCGAGAUCCUGAAUCGGAGCGAAGCUCGGGAAGACAAGCUACUCGACAUAUUGCAAAAAAUGUAUAAAUAA